CCCACUAACACUCCCCCAACAGCCUCCUCUUCACUUUUCCACAAUGAUCUUCUUCUUGUUUUUCUACUGAAACUUCAUCAUAUCAGAUAAGCCAUGGAACCAUCAAACAGCAGCAAGUCCCGGUUGAUCGGAGACUACAUACUGGGCCCCAAAGUUGGGUCGGGUUCGUUCGCCGUGGUGUGGCGGUCGACCCAUCGCCAACUGGGUAUUGAAGUUGCGGUGAAGGAGAUUGAUAAGAAACACUUGAGCCCAAAAGUCAGCGAGAGUUUACUUAAAGAAAUUUCCAUUCUUAGCACCAUCAACCACCCCAAUAUUAUUCAUCUUUUUGAGGCCAUCCAGACCAAGGACAGGAUUUACCUUGUGCUGGAGUACUGUGAUGGAGGUGACUUGGCGGCUUAUAUUCAGCGACAUGGGAAGGUUUCAGAGACUGUGGCUAGGCACUUCAUGAGGCAAUUGGCUGCAGGAUUGCAAGUGCUUCAGGAAAAACACCUCAUCCACCGGGAUUUAAAACCACAGAACUUACUCUUGUCAGCCAAUGAGGAAACCCCACUAUUGAAGAUAGGGGACUUUGGUUUUGCAAGAUCCGUCACACCGCAAGACUUGGCUGACACACUUUGCGGUUCACCAUUAUACAUGGCUCCAGAAAUUAUUCUGAACCAAAAGUAUGAUGCAAAGGCUGAUUUAUGGAGUGUUGGAGCAAUUUUGUUUCAGCUAGUGACUGGGACGCUACCAUUUGAUGGGAGUAAUCAAUUACAGCUUUUCCAUAAUGUUCUGACAUCUACUGAGCUACGGUUUCCACAAGGUGCUUUGGAAGAAUUGCAUCCAGAUUGUAUAGAUCUCUGCAGAAGCCUUUUGCGUCUAAAUCCAGUUGAGCGAUUAUCGUUUCAGGAGUUCUUCAAUCACAAGUUUCUCAGAGAAGCGAGGGUGACAGUGAAUGUUGGACAUACUUUGCCACUUAAAUCAACAGAUGAACAGCCUAGUUCUUCUGCCUCCGGUAAUAUGUUGCAAUUGCAUGCCACACGUCCCAUCGACUCAUCUAUCAGAAAUCUGAGUUCAGAUUCAGCUGCAAAUAUUAAAGGGCUUGUGCCAGAUUUUGCAUGUGAUAGGCCAAGGAAAUCUGUUAGCCAAUAUCCAAACUUACAGGAUCAGCCUCGAGUUUCUGAUUCAAUGGAGUCCAUUGAAAAAGAUUACGUGAUGGUUAAUUCUCAUUUUGCGUCAAUGGAGAGUUUCUCUUAUUACCUUGAACACUCACUGCAACUUGAUUCAACAACCAGAGCUUCUAUCGGUGCUUCUAAGCAGAAAGAUCAUGGUAUACCACGUGUCAUCAAACCUGAGGAGCUGCCAGCGAACUCUGUUGGUGUGGGAAGUUCACAAACUCGAGGAUCAGCUAUAGUACCAGCAUCUUGUGCGUCGACUCUGUUACUGGAAGUGCAAGGAUUAUCUAUAUUGCAUCCAUCGACCAGGCUACAUCUGUUGCAUCAGCAUGCUGAGGUCCUUGCUGAUCUUUCUCAGGAAAAGUACAAUGCAGGACUAUAUCUAGAGUCAUUUUCAGUUGAACUGGUUGUUUUGGCCAUAUGGAAGAAAGCCCUUCAAAUUUGCGGCAAUUGGCAGGCAUCAGUUGACAAGGAUGAAAUACCCGAAAGCAGUUCAGCGAAUGCAUCCUCAGUUGUUCAGGGUGGCUUUACUAGUUCAGGGAAUACCCUAAACAAUUCAGAAAAUUUAGACUUUACUAGUCCUUCAUCUGUUUCAGUUUGGGCCGAGCAAGGUUUCCUAGUUGCAUUUGAUCGUGCAGAGAAGUUAUCCUAUCAUGUCCGAGAUAUGGAUGGUGCUGCUGAAGUACCAGAUGCAAUGGAAAUUAUAUUCCAAAAAGCUCUAGAAGUUGGGACAACUGCCGCUGUAGACGAGUAUAUGGAGAACAAGGGUAGUGCAGCAGCAUUGUACACCAAAGCUAUGCUUCUGCUCUCUUUUAUUGCAGGAGAAGCAACUUCUCUGCCCCUGAACCCUCCAUUUUCCUUAACUCCGGCCAAUAAGAAGCGAGUCCAGCAAUACAUGGUAAACUUGGAGUCCCAUCGUAUUAAGUUUCUCAAACCAGAUCCAACUCUGGUGCAAUUCAAAGACUCCAUUACGAAGUAAAUAUUACUGGUGUACAUCCAUUCCCAACAAGCUACCUUCAUUGUGCAUAGUACUGGUACGGUGUAAAUUGCGGUCAGAUCACCAAGCAGUUUUUUGAAACUUUGGGUGAUGAUGAUGAUUAUUAACAGUGACAAAUAUCUACUAUCUUCCCUAGUAGACCACAGGCUAUAUCGAACGAGAUUACCUUUAUUGCACGAGUUCUGUGUAAAUAACUUUUCCAUUCUUUGUGUGGACACUUGUAAAUAUUGUAAAUAUUGUAAAUAUGGAUAGUGGCUAAUACUCGUGCUUGGCUAUUAAAGCAAGGGCUAAACUUUUGUCAUGACAAUCAAUCCUCACAAAAUGUGGUUCUUGGUGUG